GCCUCGAUGGCUCCGGACGAUGAGGACGAAGAGUCCUCGGAGGAAGACGUCUCGGACGAGGAGGAGGCUAAGGGCCCCCAGCCGGAACCGAGGGAGACAGAGACGAAGGACCGCAAAGACGCAAAAGAGUCUCCCUUUGACAAGAAGGAGCGCCGCGAGACCCGUGCUAAGAGCCGGGAUCGUGGCAGGCAUGCGUCGAAAGAGAGGCGCUCAAAGGAGCGGGACCGUUCCCGUCGCUCCCGGAAAGGUUGCACACGCUCUCGUGAGCGGGUGAGUAAGAAGGAGGACCGCAAGGCCCGUGACAAGUCUCGUGGCCGCUCCCGGGUGCCCGUUUCCCGCAGUGAUCGUCCGAACGAACCGACGGGAAAGCCUCCGAAGAAGGUGGAGUUACUUCCGAAACAGCGAGCUGCCACGAAGAAGCAUGAGGGCGACUGGGACCAAAAGAAAGCAGAGGAAUGGGGGAAGACUCUGGCAAAGGCCACGGAGCUCCGAGCUCAGCGUGAGCAGGAAGAUCUGAGGGACGCAGAGUCGGGGGCUCCGAGCUCCCGCUCUGUGUCACGCAAGUCUCGCACGGUGCAGCCCCGGGAGCCGCUUCCGAAGCCUGUCCCGGUGCCAAGCCCAAGCGGCUCCGAGGAGGAUGGGCCAGACCCCUCGCCGCAGCCAUCGGCCGCUAAGCGCGCAAAGCCGAAGGGAGCCAAGAGCAGCAGCGCCGGGGGGAGGCAGGUGAUCAUCAACAUUGCCUGA